AUAAACAUGGAUUCGGCACCGCAAGAGCUUUCUUUAGCUGAAAUUCGCAAUUUUAUGUUGAAAAACAAUUGUAAAGUGACUAACCAUGCUUUGGUAAAGCAUUUUCGUUCUUUCCUGACCAAUAAAGAGACGCAAGAAGAUGCGAGAAAACUUUUCAAAACUUAUGUCAACACUUUGGCAUCGAUCAAAAAUGAAGGCAACGAGAAAUUUUUGAUCUUACGAAAAAGAUAUGUACAAGAGUGCCCUACAGAAGAUGCUGUGAAUGUUAGUUAUCCGAUGAGUCCAGGAUCCCGUUCUUUGACCAUAGUAGCAUCGGACAGUGAAAGUUCUCCGUUUAAACAACCACCACCGUAUCGUCCUCCUCCUGAAAUUUCUGAUCUGAACAAUACUUACUCCUAUCAAGGAAGUCCACAUGAAAGUGUUGCUUCAUCACGUAAAAACAGUGCCGAUGUUGGCCGCAGCGGCUCGGAAUACAGUUUCGGAAGUGAGUUAAUGUACUCUGUUGAUUCGCGUAAAAUCGGUUCGGGGUUGUUGCGAAGUGAGAGUAGUGAUUCACGAAAGUUUUCAGAAGUGUCACGUAAACCAAGUGUAGAGCUCUAUCAAUUUGAUACACAGGAAGAACCGGCUCCAGCUGUUCCGCCUCGUAAGCGAAAUAGCGUUGAUCAGAUUGGUCCUAAGCAGGGUGUCGUCGAAGAAAAAAACGUAGAAACGGUUAGAAGUGUUUCACUUGAAGUGGUUCAGGAUAUCAAUAAAGAAAAUCAUAAUGUUGGCCGUGAUUUGGAUGGUGGGAGCGAAGACAAAAACGUUAGCAAUGUUGAACAGCAAGAAGGUAACAAGUUGAGUGUUAAAGAAAAAAUGAUGAAAUUCAAUCGGUUUGCAUCAGAAGAAGAAGCGAAAAUUCCAUCCCCUAUUGGUAAAAAGAAACCGGAAAAAAACCCGAACGAGUCAUUGAGCACGGAAAAUUUGGUCCAGCAUCCGAAAGCAAAAGAGUGGUUGAUUGCAGCAGCUAACGCAAACUACCAGGAUCUGGCCAAACUCUCAAUCGAUUAUCCGAAUUUGGUCAAGUUACAGACACGCAGCACAGCGGGUGUAAGAGUUGAAACAAGCCUGUUCUAG